AUGCCCGGCUGCCGGCUGAGCUCCUGCGGGCCGGCCCCCCGAGCCGGGGACCCCCCGGCCCCUCGGGGCCCCACCCCGCCGGGGUCCCCGCCGCCCCCAGCCCCGCAGCCCCAGGGGCCGGACCCCGGCGCGGCGGAGGCGGCGGCGGCCAGGCCGGGGCCGGGGAUUUCGCCUUCGACCUCGACUUCGACGGCGGGGCCGGGGCCUAGGCCGGCGGCGGGGGUGUUGGAGGGGCCGGGGGUCGGCGGGCGGGCCCUGGAGCUGGCGGAGGCCCGGCGGCGGCUGCUGGAGGUGGAGGGCCGCCGGCGGGUGGUGUCGGAGCUGGAGGGCCGCGUCCUGCACCUGCACCGCGUCUUCCUGGCGGCCGAGCUGGGCCUGGCGCACCGGGCCGAGGGCCUGGGCCGCCUGAGGGGGGGCGUGGGCCAGGCCGACCUCCACCUGGCCGCCCACGGCCAGCGCCUCAAGAAGGGCCUCCGCCGCCGAAAGCCGGCCCGCUCGCCCGCCCUGCUGGCCUCGGCCCUGGGGCUGGGCAGCUGCGUGCCCUGGGCGGCCGCCAAGCUGCGCCGGGGGGGCCGGGCCGAGCCCGGGACCUCCCCCGACCCCCAGACCCCCUUCCAGCGCGGCCUGCAGGGCUCCCCCCGCGCCCCGGGGGCCCAGCAGCGCUGACCGCCGCCCCCCUCCUCCCAGAGGCCUUCCCGGACUCCGGCCCCCCGCUCUUCCUCGCCCCUCCACCCCUCGGCUCUUAGCUCUCUCGUUCUGCCCCUUUCCCUGUUUCUAUCGAUGGCCCGCUCCUCCUUUUGACGCCUCUCUCCCCCCGACUGCGAGCUCGGGGUGGGGAGGGAGCGGCCCCCUCCGCUGCCGCCUUGCACUUCUCCAAGCGCUCGGUACGGUGCUCCCGCACGCGGUAGGCGCCCAGUCGGGACGACGGAAAGAAGAAGGCGGGACGACGCCACCCCACCGCAGCUGGAAGCCGUCGUGCCCGGAGGAGGAGGAGGAGGAGGAGGCCCGGACGGAUGGAGAGACGGAGGGGCCCGGGGGCCGCCCCGCUGCGAGCUACAUCGUCACUCCCGGGGGCUCUAAUAAAUGGUUCCCUGAAAGAGCAUUUCGAGCCUCUACCCCUCACCCCUCUGGCCUGGGCUCCACGCUGCUCCGGGGGGAGACUGAGGCCUGGGGGAGGGGGACGCUGAUGCUUUUCCCUUAAGGUAUCGCAAUCUCUCUCUCUCUCUCCCUCUCUCUUCUGUCCGGCCCCCCCCGCCUAGAGAAGGCCAGGAGCCCCCAGCUUCUACUCCCCGCCCUCAGGCCCCCUCCCCUGCGUGGGAAGGGGGCAGAAAUCCCAGUUGGAUCCCACGUCCUCCAACCCCCAGGCCGCCCUGGGCCAUCCCCGGCCCCAGGGCCCUUGCCGGGUUAGGGAUGCGGGGAGGGUGGGGGGACCUUCUACUUCUUUAAAACCACUUACCGUCCUGUCCUCUCUCCUCAUUUUGAUGGAGUGCAGAAAGGGACCUCUACUUUCCUUUCUUAGCACCCACUCAGUCCUUUUCCAACCUCAGUUUCCUUGCUCUGGGGAAUGGACACAGAGAGGCCGGAGGCAGUUCUGCAGGGCACAGAGAGAGCCUGAAUGUUUGCGUGCGUGCCGGGGGGAGAGGGCAGACAGGCGGACAGCUCUGAGUAGCAGCAGCUGGGCUUCUCAAACGACCGAGCUGUCUUGCGUGUACCUUCGGCAGAGACCUCCUAGAAUGAGGAAAACACCCUUCCACACGCACACGACCGGAUAGGAGAAGAUACACCCUCUCCGUACUGCACAGGGGACCGCAGCCCAGCAGAUUUGAACUUGCCCCCCUCCAAAAUAAAGAAUAAAACCGGGCUAUGCCUCUCCCUUUCUUAACGAGGCCUUUGCUCUCUGCAGGAAAACAGGCUCAGAUCCCCCAUCCCCUCCCCUUACACCCCCCGCCCCCCGCAACACACCCACCUCAGCCUCCCGGGAGAACCCGACCUGAGACAUCAGUCUGGAGAGUCGUUUCACUGGGCCCGUUGCCUGAUUUCCUUUGCGCCCGUUGCCUGAUUUCCUUUGCACCCGCUGCCUGAUUUCCAUUAGGGCACUCUCCCUAAAUCUCUUACGAAACGAUGGAGCCAGAAGUCUGUUAUUCACUGGGCCCGUUGCCUGA